GAGGAGGCGGAGUCGGAGGAGCGCAAGGCAGACGCGCAGAUCGACCACCCCCUCGCGACGACGGUCGCGACAGGGGCCCGCGAGCACAUUCGCCGAGGCGACGGGACCGCCCGCAAGACCAAGCGCCUCCUCAGGACGGAGGGCGCGACGACCGCCACGGCCGUGGCCCUCCUGCGUCGUGACCUGCGGGGCGGACCUCCUCGCGAUUCCCGCGACAGCCGGGACAAUCGUGAUAGCCGUGACAACCGCGACAACCGUGACAACCGCGACAGCCGUCCCGACCCAGCACAGUCUGCCGGUAGCCGAGGCGAUAAGCGAAAUGACCGCGAAUCAAACAGACACCCAGAUAAUCGCCCUCUUCCCGGCGGCCACGGUGCUCCCCGCGAUCCUCAGAUGCAGACCAUGGCGGAAGACCAGGGCCGUACCAGGAUCAAAACUAUGGGCGCCUCAAUCCCAUUCCCUCCGUGGCUGAUAUUCCGUCGGGCCCGAGAGGCCGUGUGCGAGGCGCAGCCCGCUCCGCAUCUGGCGCUCCGCCUAACAACCCUCCGGGCGGCCGAUCGGACGCGAGAUCGCUCCCCCGCCUCCCCGCCAAAUAACGCCAACGCAUCUCACGGCGGCUACAGCCGGCCUCCUAUGCACCAAGGCCAGGACCGCGGUACGCCCUCGGGCGGUGGUUCGCGACACCCGUCGGGUAACUUUACGGGACCCAAUACGCCAGACACCUCCAACAAUAACACACCCAUAGGCCCAUCCGGCCCCGAUCGUCUUCGGUCCGGAGGCCGGAGACAGCUUGCCGGAAUCAACAACAUGCUUCAGCAAGCCCAAGCCAACAUGUCGGACUCUAGCCGCUCGCGGCGCAGCAGCCAGCGUACCAAUUUGGCUGGCUCGGACGCCCAGAUCCUGACCGGGGCGUCGCCUGUAUCCACACCGACCAAGGACGGGGAACAAGCCAUUCGGCUGGAGGCAGGCGCUGAUCGAGGAUCUGCUAAUGGAGAUGGCCACAGUGGACGACCGGAUGACCGGGGUCGUCGAGACCGUGACCGGUCCGAGAGGUCCGGACGGUCCAGGCGGAGCAGCCGGGAACGGGAUCGGGAUCGAGACCGAGAGCGUGAUGCUCACCGAGACCGAGACCGAGAUCGUGAGCGAGAUCGCGAGAGGGACCGCAGCGCUGAUCGAGAAAGGGACAAGGAGUCGCGCAAUUACCGCGAUCGUCGAUCAGCGCCGUCUGGCACCCAGCCCCCGCUAGGGGUGGAAGAGACGAGCGCGAGUCAUCCCGACGCUCAGGUCGCGAGCCUACGGGCCGUGAACCCAUGGGUCCUUCAGGAUCCGGACCACGCGGGUGGCGGUGGCGGUGGUGGUGGAACCGGGGGUAGGGUCGGGGUGGAAGCGGCCCUCGCGAUUCACGCCACCAGGGCGGUGAAGGCGGCCCUCCACCUGGGAGAGCCGAAGAAUGGAACAAUGCGGGCGGUGGCCGAGGUGGAGGCGGACAUCGGGAGAGCCUCGGCGGUGGCGGUCGAGAUCUGA